GAAGAGGUGUGUGCGCGCCUUUCGCUGUCAAUGCAAACGAAAGAGAAGAGUCACAGCUAAACCCCUCAUUAAAGACAAGAUGUCAGGACUGCCCCGUAGGAUCAUUAAGGAGACUCAGCGCUUGAUGGCGGAGCCUGUCCCAGGCAUCAAGGCGGAGCCUGACGAAGGUAACGCCCGCUACUUCCAUGUGGUCAUCGCCGGGCCCCAGGACUCGCCCUUUGAAGGCGGCACGUUUAAACUCGAACUCUUUCUUCCCGAGGAAUACCCCAUGGCAGCUCCAAAAGUACGCUUUAUGACCAAAAUAUACCACCCCAACGUAGACAAGCUGGGAAGAAUAUGUCUAGACAUAUUGAAAGAUAAAUGGUCUCCAGCCUUACAGAUCCGCACAGUCCUGCUAUCAAUCCAGGCAUUACUAAGCGCUCCUAACCCUGAUGAUCCUCUAGCGAAUGACGUUGCGGAGCAGUGGAAAUCCAAUGAAGCUCAAGCCAUAGAGACAGCCCGGACAUGGACCAGGCUUUACGCUCAGAACAACAUAGAAGUGUAGAAAAGGUGAAAAAAGCGGAGAGAAACCAAGCGGGAAGUCAGUGUGAACACACAUUCCUCAUCUUCUGCCAAGACCUCUUCUUCUACCUAAUUCAUGUGCAUUUAAAGGACACCAUAUUGGAGGGGGGGGGUGUAAUAAAAUAAAAAAAAGUGAAAAAAAGACCAGUGAAUUUGAUAUAAAUGCUCAUAAGAGAAAUUGAAAAGUCUGACUUGUCGUCUUUGUCAUAAUUCACUGUUCAGAUGCAUCGGCAGAUCUGACUCACCACCUGGUUAUUUUUCCAUUCAUUUUGGAGGAAACCAGCAACAUCCGCUUUAAUGAGCUUCGUACAAAAAAAAUAUAAAGACAUAAGUGUCUAUCCCAUGUCUGUUUCGUGGGGGAGGGUAAGAUUUAUUGUCCAAGAUUGCCUAACUUUUUACUUUUCUUUUAACUUUGUUGUCGCUCGUGAUGUUGGUUGUUUAUUGAAAGCAGCUGAUUAACCCCAGGUAGACACACCCUUUGAGACAGACUAUAGGUGGACUCAUUCCUCUAUAGAAGGCCUACUAGCAAAACAACAACCUAGCUCCUGCUAAACCACAUCUCUGACUUGAACAUUUAAAUACAAGUAACAAUAUAAUGACUAAACAAUUCAUCUGAGCCUGCCAUCAUCACGUUUAACUGUUGCAACCGCUGUCGAUGUAGAGACCCUAAAGUAGGCUUGGAACCUUUGUGUGGGAGAGCGGUAGGGAUGGUGGGGACAGGAAUUCCAUAAUUUUCUAUAGUUUUAGGGAUAUAUUUUAUUCUCAUGUCUUAUCUUAUUUGAAUGUUUUCCUGACAUCAGCCUACUACCGUGGAGGCUGGUGGGAGGAGCUAUAGGAGGACAGUAUCAUUGGAAUGGAAUCAAUGGAGCUUAUCAAACAUAUGUAAACCAUGUCUCUACUACUACUGGCUCUCUGGCUACAUGGCUCUUCUUUUUCUUCAUGUUUGUCACAUUCUAAUGUUAUAAGACACAACGGUUGACUUCCUCCCCAUGGCAUUUAUUUCAGAAAAUAAUAGGGGGGGGGGGGGUGCAUUGGAGUUGUCAGUUCGGUAGUGUGUGCUGAGGGGAAUUGUGUUCGAAGGGGUUGUGGGGAGGUAGAGGGUGAGGGAAGAUUGGAGGUAAGGGACUGGGUGGGUAGGGGAAUGGGGAGAUCACUGAACAAUAUUUGUCAAUAUUUGUUUUUGGUUUGAAAAGUCUUUUCAGUUCCAUGUAUAUUAAUUAUUUCUAUUGAGGGGGAAAAUGGUUACCUGCUCUCUGAAUGGUAUGAAAACAGUCCACCGGUGUUCUGUUUUCUGUAAAUAAAAUCUGUUGAUUAAUAAGAAAA